AUGGGGAUGGAGGCAGCCGCUCCUGCUCCUAGAUCGAGGAAGAGGAAAGCACCGGCUACCCCAGCUACAGAGGCGCCCUGUCCAGAACCUGCUCUUCCCAUAGCGGCUGGGGACGGAGGAGGCGCCGGCGGUGACCGCAUCAGUGACCUUCUCGACGCCGUCUCGCUCAGGCCGCGUACGAUGGAGAUGGAAACGGCGGUCGCGGCAGCGACUGCAGAAGGGCACGCCUCGGAAUCUACGGCGGAGGACCGCCUCAGCGGCCUCCCCGACGGCGUCCUCGGGGACAUCGUCUCGCUCCUCCCCACCAGGGAAGGCGCACGCACCCAGAUCCUCUCCUCCCGGUGGCGCCAUCUCUGGCGCUCAGCCCCGCUCAACCUCGAUCAUGGCUCGCUCUGCGACCACCCGGACGACUUCAACUCCGUCGUGUCGCGUGUCCUCGCCGCCCACCCGGGCCCCGGUCGCCGCUUCUCCGCACCCGUCUACCACCUCUGGGGCGGUCGAGCCACCACCGCGGACGCCUGGCUCCGGUCCCCGGCCCUUGACAACCUCCACGAGCUUGAGCUGUGCAGCUACAACUACAGAUUGCUGUACCCACCAGCGACACCACAACCGCCGCCCGAAGCCGCCUUCCGCUUCUCAGACACCCUCCGUGUUGCCACCAUAGGAGAGUGCCACCUCCCCCACAGCACCAUUCAGGGGCUUCGCUUCCCUAAGCUUCAGAAGCUCGCGCUUGAGCGGAAUUGCUCUGGCUUCCGCUGUCUCCGAAUCAACUCGAUUACUCUUAGAGGCGUAGGCGUGAGAGCUUAUAAUUAUCAUAAAGUGCUCAAAAUUGGGGAGCUCGUCAUUGAGAAUGCCCCCUGUCUUGAAAAUUUUCAACACGGAUUGCGUGUUCAUAGCCUGACGAAAACAGUGUGCACUGUUAAGAUUUUAGCUAUUGACAUGAGUGCUCUUAGUUUGGAUGUUGUUAUUAACUUGAUGAGAUGCUUUCCAUGCUUGGAAAAGUUGUACAUUGAGUCAAUAGGAUCUGGGAAAACCAACUCGUGGCGUCGUAAGCAUCAAACUCUUAUAAGAUCUCUCGACAUUCGUCUGAAGACAUUUGUUUGGGAAUAUUAUGAGGGCAUCAAGUCACAUGUUAACUUUGCCACAUUCUUUAUAAGAAACGCGAAAAUGCGAGAGUUAAUGACUCUAAAGGUUAAUCCACAAGAUUACAAUGAGGAGUUUUUUGCACAACAACGUAAGAUGCUUCAGCUGGAUAACAAGGCCUCCGGAGGUGCUCGUCUACAUUUUACACCAGAUCGGUCUCAUCGCAGCAUUAAGGAUUUUGGUGUCCAUGAUUUGGAUCUAGUUGAUCCCUUUGUAAGGAGGCAUCCUUACCAAUUUCAUACUUUGUCCUAG